ACAGCAGCUAACACCCUUAUCCAAACACAACUCAUAUCAAGUUACUUAAACCUGUUUGUACCGGGUGCAACCCACUCGUUUAUCAUUAUGAUGCCCCAUAAGUGUUAGUGUCAGGGAGCUUUCUUAACAAAGGUUAACCAGAUCUUUCAAACAAUAAAAUCGACAUAAGUCACAGGCAAGGCACCACUUUUCCAAGGGAUGACUAGCGUUAAUUUCAUCUUAACUUAUUCCAUCUUAUAAAACAUAACUGUGGACACACUGAUAUUAUAACCCGCUAAACCCAGGCCAAGUUAAUCGAGUUCAAGGAAAAUCGAAGUGUCCCCAGGUCUACGAGUCGAGCACAGAUUCCACUGAGUAAAAAUGGCGGAUGAUAAGGAUCCUCUGAAAAGGUUAAAGGACCUGACGCAGCUCAAACACCAGCUGGAGGAGAUCCAGAGGCGAGUGGAGAGCGAGGUCUCACUGGGAAUUCCUCAGGGGAGCUCGGUGUUGGGAUCUCCAUUUCUGAAGGGCUUUCUGGCCGGCUACGUGGUGGCCAAGCUUCGCUCCUCUGCUUUCCUGGGAGUGCUGCUGGGAACGAUCACCGGCAUUUACGCGGCACAGAACUACCAAGUGCCCGACAUCGAAAGGACCGUGAAGCAAUAUAUGAACGGCUUUAAAAAAGGGCCGAGGUAAU